AUAUAUUAUUCAUACAAAACAGUAGAAGUUAGCAUACAGAGUACGCCGCUGAAUCACGUUCAUUCUAAAAUCAAGACGCUGAGAGAGAGAGAGAGAGAAUGGGGGAAUCACGUUCAUACGGUGUUCCUUUGUACUCCCUUUCUUGGGUUCCCAAACACGUCAUUGAAUCUCGACAAAUUGAAACCGCCGGUGAAUCCUCCAAAGCCGAUCAGAGCUCUCCGCCGUUGACAGAGGGACUGGCCGACGGGAGCUACCUGGUCGUCGCGGGCGGUGGUGGAGAAGGCCACAGCGGUAUCCCCAAUUCUGUGUUGCUUGCGCACUUCGAUGUUGCGUCCAAUUCGCUUUCUGACCAACCGGUGAGUCGGCUAGGAACUGGUUCUGAGUUGCCAUAUAGAAUGGCAGUUCACCCCAAUGGAGAUGGCCUUAUUUGUGCAAUGCCAAAGAGUUGCAGAUGGUUUGAAUGGGAUUCUGAAAUUCACCAGCUGGGUCUGAAGUUGUCAGAUAGAGUGCUCACCCAGUUGGAGGAUGUUGGACAGCAAUUAGCAUUGGCAUUCAACAAUGAUGGUACUGCACUAGCUGCUGGUGGGGAGGAUGGCUAUCUAAGGGUUUUCAAGUGGCCUAGCAUGGAAAUUAUUCUUGACGAAUCUAAUGCUCAUUCUACUGUGAAGGACUUACAUUUUAGCUCUGAUGGUAAAUUGCUUGCCUCUUUGGGAAGUAGUGGCCCCUGCAGGGUUUGGGAUGUUUCUUCAUCAACAGUCUUAGCUACACUAUCAAAUGAAAAUCAUGAAGUUUUUAGGUAUUGCCGAUUUUCUCAAAUAAAUGAUGGGACUCAGGUCCUAUAUAUUUUUGUCAUGGCAGAUAAAGGUGGAAGGAUCCUGACCUGGAAUACACAAACAUGGGAAAGGAUGGGCUCAAAGCAUAUUAUUCGUGAUGCAAUCUCUGCACUGAAUGUCUCAGCUGAUGGAAAGUUUCUUGCGUGCGGAACAACUUCAGGUGACAUUGUAAUUAUUAAUUCAACAAAUAUGAAGAUUCAGACAAUGAGCAAAAGAGCUCACCUUGGCAUAGUAACUGCUUUAGCAUUCUCCCCUAAUUCAAGGGCCGUGGCUUCUGUAUCCAUGGAUUCAAGAGUGACGGUAACAAUAAUCGAAGAGAAGAAAAAUGGAGGGUUGAGCUUGUGGAUUGCAGUAUUUAUCAUCCUACUUGCAGUAGUUGCUUACUUCCUGAAAGUUGAAGGAAUUGGAAAGUGAAGGUUUCAAUAUUACUUUAAAUAUAAAACAUUUAUUGGUAGCUAAACCGCUUUAUGAAUGCUACUGGUUAGUUUUGAUGCAUUUCCAUUUUUUGUGGGGUUUGUAGAUAAUUUUUCCUAUUGGCAUCAUUCAGAAUGGUUGUUAUAUAGGAGUGUAUCUAUAUAAUGCCUUGUUACAUAGACUAUAUCUCUUCUACUCAAGCGGCUUUAUAUACUCACCAUCAAUACA